AUGAACGUGUUUCCAAUAACCGAUAUUCCGGAGUUCUCGAAGAAGAAACGUAUCGUAGUGGUCGGCGUAAUUGGAAAGUCGCCGUAUCGGUAUCCAAAUAAAGCAACCCCACUUGUACCCUCUGUGCAAUCUGCAGAGAACGGAAUAGAAUGUCACUGGGAUGAACGUCGUUCAAUCCUCUACCUACACGCUAUAACAUACCUUGACACAAAAAGACUGACAAGCCUCGCAGCUUCUCUAAAUGAGGAGUCAGAAAGUGAGGAUCAGGAGGCUGAUGCCGCAAACUGGCUGGUAGCCUCAGGGGAGCUGGCUGCUGAAUCCUGCAAGGCUAUAGCUCUGCUGUUCCACUUGUGUCACAUUGUUGUAUUGUCUUCUCCAACAUCAGUGUUUGAUCUCGGAUACUUACAGCUGUUUAAGGCUAUUGAUGCUUAUAGAACAGAACAAAUAGGGCGCAGUACAGAAGCCCUGUUGAACAUAAAAGCAACAGGAGCAUGGGAGUCACACGGGCGGUGUUGUUGCCCUCGCCUACUGUUUCACUUCCGUCGUGCUCCCAAUCCUGUAAAGAAGGUACCGGCGGCACUGAAAAGAUUAGAACAUGCUGUGGAAGAUCAAUUGUAUUUUAUACUUAGAAAAGCCCGGAUUAUUACCAAUGUUUGUGCCAAAUCCCUGUUCGCAAUACCAAAGAAUGAAGAAUUUGUAUACAUUAGCGGUGACGAAGAGAGUCAAAGUGCGCGAGAAGUGAGCGCACUAGUCCGUGGUUUGGUGGCGCGAUGCAACUCGGUACCGGAUACUCCGCCACCGCGACCCACCUUCCGCCAGUUCCUACAGACGCAUAUAGACAUGGCCUUCGGAGAGGGAUUCGAUGAUAACGUCGGAAAAUAUGCUAUGAGCACGUCGUUCUUUGAGCUCCCCAGUGCUGCAGCAUGGCGUGCGGCUGCGCAGGCGCUGUCCGCAGUGUACCUGUCGCCCGUCGCGCGGGCGCAGGACGAGCCCGCCUCCGCUGCACUGUACGACGCACUCGCCACUGACGUACGAUUCUCUCAGGCCCGAUGCGCUAAGGUGUUGCCAAUAGCACAGGCAUCAUACGCGGAAGGUUUACCUGCUCAUUAUUCCAGCCAACAUCAUGCACAUAAGGUUAGUCUAGCACUGGGCGUGCUGGACAGUAUGGCGCGCGGCCCGCUGGCCCGGGGGGCCCGCGCCCGCCUGAGCGCGGCCUGCACCGCCAUCUGGCGCACGCGCAGCCUGUGCGAGGCACUCUCUCUAACCGGACACGUCUGCAUCGAGCCCGAGCAUGACAGUAGCAAGGAGCACUCGUCGGGCGUGCGCUAUAUAUCGGCGUGUAACUGCGGGCGCUGCAAGUGGUCCCGCGAGGACCCGUACUCCCUGCGCCGCGCCAACUGGACCUUCUACACGGAGGCCGCCGAGGAGUGCGGGGUCUGUCCCACUCUGCAGACCAUCGACUUCCCCGUCUUCCAGCCUUCUACGCCGUCCUACAAAGCGGCGGCCCUAAAGGAAGCGGAGGAAGCCGCAGAACGCUCAGCACCACGUCGGUCGCCGGCGGGGUCGGGCGUGUCGCCCGCGUCGGCCGCGUCGCCCGACAACAACUGGUCCGCGCCCGACGCGCUGUCGCCCGGCUCUGCGCACGACGACGAAGACGACAAAUCCCACGACUCGGAUCGAUACGUCGUGCCCGUUAGAGGCGAUGCCGCGACUGAAAAGAUAAUGAGUCGCCAGCCAUCGACGACGGAGUACCUGCCAGGCAUGCUGCACUCGGGCAGCCCGGCGGGGCUGCUGCCGGCCUUCGCGAGCUGGUCGCUGGUGUGCCUGGGCGCGUCCAGCCUGUACUCGCACGCGCUGGGGCUGCCCGAGCACCUGCAGCCCGGCUUCCUGCCACACACCAACUACCUGCUGCCCUGGGACUGCGCCGUGCGGUUGGAGUCAAUGAGUGGCUGGCGGGUGUCUGGCCCGUCUCGGGGCCGCGGCAAGAUUACACCGCACCAUCACCUCACGGUCAAGAUAUUCAUCGGAUUCGAGUACGAGUGCCCUAGGGGUCACAGGUUCAUGAUGUCGUCCCCGGACACGAUGGUGUCUGGCGGCGGCGGCGCGCUGGGGCGCGAGGCGGGCGCGGCGGGCGCGCGUCUGGCGGCGGCCGACAUGCCGCUGUACGCGGCCUGCGUGUGCCGCGCCGCGCCCGCGCCCGCGCCCGCCGCCGCCUCGCUGGCGCAGCUCACGCGCCUACACGUCGUCACGCCUAAGGCGCCCGUACACGUCACUCUCGACCCCAAGGUCCAACCAAUACCAGGAGGACCGAUCUUCGUCCCGCAACCCGUGGGCUCACCACCCAUCAAGUUAUCAGCAUCAGCGUACUGGGUGCUGCGCCUUCCAUACAUGUAUUCAGACGAGAGGGGCUGUCUUCCUCGGCCUAGGCCUGGAACCCCCCUGCAGCCAGGCACCAUUAUAGCCCCACUAUUUGGCCUACAAGACUAA